AUGGCGGGUAUUGACGGGAGUGCCGGCAAAGGGAUUAAUCCGAGUGGAGAUGCGAAACAACGCUUCCUCUUCACAUCCGAAUCGGUCUCCGAGGGACAUCCUGAUAAGAUGUGUGACAUCAUCUCGGACACGGUUCUCGACGCUCAUCUCGAGCAGGAUCCAUACGCUAAAGUGGCUUGCGAAUCGGUUACAAAGACGGGGAUGGUGUUGUUGGCAGGUGAAAUCACAUCAAAAGCUCACGUCGACUAUCAGGCGAUCGUUCGAGAAGCCAUCAAGCGAAUUGGAUUCGAUGAUUCGUCAAAGGGUUUUGACUACAAAACGUGCAACUUGUUGGUUGCUCUUGAUCAACAAGCACCUGAAAUAGCCGCCGGUGUUCACGUUGGCAAAUCGGAUGAAGAUGUCGGAGCCGGUGAUCAGGGUCUGAUGUUUGGGUAUGCGACGGAUGAAACAGAAGAAGCGAUGCCUCUUUCUCUUCUCUUAGCGCACCAGUUGGUCGCUCGUUUACAUCAGCUUCGUCGUAGUGGCAUUCUUGAUUGGGCUCUUCCGGACUCAAAAAGCCAAGUGACGGUAGAGUACGAGUUUGAUGGUGGCGCCUGUGUUCCUGUGAGAGUGCAUACUGUUGUGAUGUCAUCUCAACACAAGCACGAUUCGAGCCUUGAGCAAGUGAGAGAAGAUGUGAUGAAGCAUGUUAUUCGUUGUGUCAUCCCACAACGGCUUCUUGACGAUCAAACCAAAUUCUACUUGAAUCCUUGCGGAACUUUUCAUGUCGGCGGCCCAAUGGGUGAUGCGGGAUUGACUGGACGCAAAAUCAUUGUUGACACUUACGGUGGAUGGGGCGCGCACGGUGGUGGAGCUUUCUCGGGAAAAGACCCAACAAAGGUUGAUCGUUCGGCUGCUUAUGGAGCCAGAUGGGUCGCUAAAUCACUUGUGAAAGCCGGAGUCUGUCGUCGUUGUUUAGUUCAGGUGUCGUAUGCAAUUGGGAUGGCGGAGCCACUGUCGGUGACCGUCAUCUCGUACAAUACAUCGCCGCUUUCUGAGGAAGAAUUGCUGACGAUCGUCCGUGACAACUUUGAUCUCCGCCCAGGAAUUAUCAUUCGUGAUCUCCAAUUGCGUCGGCCGAUUUACAAGGAGACAGCAAAGAAUGGCCACUUCGGUCAUCCUUCAUUUCCUUGGGAACAGCCAAAAGAGCUCAAAAUACGCCCCGAGUUAGCCAAGAAAUUGCACGAUCAAAAAAUGGGCGAAAAUGGUGUCGGAUCAUACGAGGGA